UUUAGUAUCGCGAAUUAAUUUAAACAGCCCUCGAUAAAGGCCGAUGUAAACAGUUCCGCGAAAACUAUGAUAGCGAACGGACAGCAAACGAAGUGUCGUCCUCGGGCGCUGGGCAGUGUGAUCCUGCUGGUCCUGAGCCUGUGCCAGGUGUCCGGAGUGGCCAUCGCCCAGCCCGAGGGGCGUGUGGUGGGCGGCAGUGCGGCGGCGGAGAACAGUGCUCCCUACGCGGUGUCCAUGCAGUACGGUGGAACCCACUAUUGCGCGGCUAGUAUCCUGAAUGCCAACUGGCUGGUGACGGCUGCUCACUGCCUGACCAACAGUAACCAGGUCCUGGGCAGCACCCUGGUGGCGGGCAGCAAUGCGGUGGCCGGAACAGCCAGCACCACGCAGACGCGGAGCAUCACCUACUUCGUGAUCAACGAUCUGUACACUGGCGGAACCGUGCCCUACGACAUCGGACUGAUCUACACGCCCACCGCCUUCGUGUGGUCCGCUGCUGUGGCCGCUGUAACGCUUCCCUCCGCCGGAGUGGUUCCCACCGGCACCGCCAAUCUCUACGGGUGGGGCAGCAUCAGCACUACCAACACCGCCUCCUAUCCCUCGACCCUCCAGGUGGCCACCAAUGUGCCCAUCAUCUCGCUGAGCUCCUGUGAGUCCGCCCUGGGCACCAAGGGCAGCGAUGUCCACUCGACAAAUCUCUGCACCGGUCCUCUGACCGGCGGUGUCAGCAUUUGCACCUCGGAUUCGGGAGGUCCUUUGGUCCAAGGCAAUGUCCUCAUCGGCAUAGUGUCCUGGGGAAAGUUGCCCUGUGGCCAGGCCAACUCGCCGUCGGUCUAUGUGCAGGUAUCCUCGUUUAUUUCCUGGAUAUCGGCCAACCAACAGGCGCCCUAAAGUCCCGAAUUUAAACCUAUUUUGUCAAUAAAAGCAAUUCAAGUUGUGCCACUAGUGGUCAGUGACUUAAA